GCGAACCACCAACAUCCUCUCACCCUCCCACGCCUCCUCACCUCUUGCCUCUGAAGGUAUCCCAGAAUCCUAGCCUCAUCCAAGCUCUUCCACGGCUUCCCACGGCACCUUUUCUUUCUACCUGUAAACUCACACGCCAACCACAAUCUUCCACCACUAACAUGGGGUCGGAUUCACGUACACCCUCACCCCCAGGCCCAACCAAUAUCCCUCAUGUCGAAAAGAGGAGGCUCGCAAGAGAGCACCGUGGCAUGCUGCUGGAUGCGACUUUUUCCACAAACCUCGAAGUUCCCCGAGCGCCCACAACGCCACGGUCUCUAAGCCUCGAGCUGUCCAACCAGGGAAAAGACCUUGACCGGGAGCAAGAACACUUAGAACGGUGCUCAAGCAAGCCCCUAGGAAACGAUCUCACAAGAGCUGGCGUCAAGGAAUAUGUUGACAAACGCUUCGAAUACACCGAGAAGUACCGUGACUUCUUAAGACAGAGCCGUAAUGAACUCGCUAGAAAAGCCAGCGAGCAACUCGUGGACGAACCUGAAGCUAAACUCUUGCGCCAAGAUAUCGAUGAAGCCGAUUAUGCCGUUCUUAGGGAACGCGCAGCUCUUGCGAACAGGCGCGCCGUGGUCGAGUUCAAGAUGUUGAUAGGAGACCAGUCGAAAACCUUAAUCCAUGGUUAUGCAACGGCGAUCAUCGGCGCACUUCCUGAACCAUAUGGCUCUAGAUUGAAGAAAGAUAGUCGGAACAAGUCUGACCAGUCAGAUUUCAGAAGCUGUCUUAUCAAGGCUUACCAGGACGAUAACACAGACAAUGGACGUAAGCUCUGGUGCCCUGUUACUAAGAAGUUGCACAACAAAAAAUACGUCAAAGCCGCGCACAUCGUCCCCUACGGUAUUGGCGAGUACAACGCGGCUAAGUUAUUCGGCGUCCCUCUUAAAGAUGGGUUCACCAAGAUCUGGAACGAGGAGAAUGGUCUUCUUCUAAAUUCUGAAGUAGAAGAAGCAAUGGAUAGGUGCCGACUUGUCAUAGUUCCGGACCAUGAUGUUAAGGGCGCACUCAAAGUCAAACUCCUCACCGCCACCGAAUUGGAAUUGGACGAUCUUAUCUGCGAGGGAAGCGGUGGCAAGGAUGUACGAGUGCGCGACCUACAGGAUGUUCAACUUGAGUUCAAGACGCUUGCACGCCCUGGCCUCGAAUACCUAUACGUCCGAGCUCUUGUGUCGUGGCUUUGCCGACGGCAGGCCGCUGUGCCAGGAUGGGAGAAGGAUCGUGAGAUCAUUUCGACGGGCAAGUACUGGGGUAGGCCCGGCAAGUGGCUGCGCAACAGCACCAUCAUUGCAAUCGCGGCAGAAAUCGGAGACAUAGUGGACCCCAAGGACUUGGAAGACAUUAUUGGCGAAGACGAAAAGUUGGAAGAGCCAACGGAGGAUGAUAAAACGCUGGCGGUAGCGCUUCGACACAACGUUGCGGCUCUGGCUGUUCGCGAGAACAUGCUAGACGAAGAUGAAGAAUAGCGCUUCUCCGCCUGCGAAACCUAUCAUCCGUAAGUCCUUAGUAUUGGCUGCAAUCAGUCUUUCGGAAAUGCAGCUUUGGGCGACGGCGGCAGACACUCUUCACACACAGAUUGCAAAAGUUUGGCUGGA